AUGCUCCUGGCCGAUGGAUUCCUCAGGUGUGAUCAUCCAGAAUGCAUCUACUUCUUCAAAGAUGGUAUCUCCAAACGGGGUCACAUGGUCCUUAGACAUGAGUGUUCCGAUCCACAUGAGUGCGAGGCAUGUGUCGAGCGCAACUUUCACAUCGACAAUGUGAAUGUUGACAAUCAAUCCCAGUCCCAGUCAAAGUCCAAAGGAGGUAAAAGGCAACGCGAGAUCAUCAGUGGGAAGUUGGUACCGGUCGGUAUGGCUCUCAGGAAGAAUACGAAGACAACAAACAACACAAAUGGCUUUGUCAAGCCCAAUCAAGUUGGAGUGUGGAAUGAGAGAAUGUUCAACGUGAUCAAAUGUCCACACAUUGGAUGUGAGGACAUUGUGAUGGUUGCCAGUUGUCUCGUCACAGUGGUGAUCAUGAUGAACAUCAACGUGAUUGGUUACUCGUGUGACUGA